AAAGUGGCUGAUCCAAGCAAAGGAGCUGAUCUGUUUCGUUUAUCAUGCCAAUUGGACAAUGUCGUCAGGGCCGAAUCUCAUCAAUUCACUCUCAGUCAAGUCGACAUUUGGGGAGAGCAAACAGUAAAAUCCCUUUUCAACAGACCAUCUCACACCGAAAUUCUUGAGUCUGGCUGGGCCGAGUGUCAAGAAUGUGGACACAAAAGACACGAUUUCGCUCUACACAGACGACGCUGCUGGGACAUUCCACAAACUCACAUCUACCGCUCAGACAAACGCGACAGUUCAAUGUUGGGUCAGCUGACAGUUAUGGGCAUCCAUGCGGCUCAAUGA